UGACGCGUCCCUCUUCUCCUCGUACACCGACGUGUCAGUCCUCUUGUGUCCAGAGCUGAGCAGCGCACAGACCGGUCAUUUCGCAGACAUGGCUCCUAAAGGCAGCAACAAGCAGCAGUCAGAAGAAGACCUUCUCCUCCAGGACUUCAGCAGAAACCUUUCAGCAAAGUCCACCGCUUUGUUUUACGGAAAUGCUCUCAUCGUUUCUGCCAUCCCCAUCUGGCUCUUCUGGAGGAUUUGGCACAUGGACCUCGUCCAGUCUGCAGUAUUGUACGGUGUGAUGACUCUCGUCAGCACCUACCUGGUGGCCUUUGCCUACAAGAAUGUCAAGUUUGUUCUCAAACACAAAGUGGCCCAGAAACGUGAGGAUGCAGUUUCCAAGGAGGUAACCCGGAAGUUGUCUGAGGCAGACAACCGCAAGAUGUCACGCAAGGAGAAAGAUGAAAGGAUCCUGUGGAAGAAGAAUGAGGUCGCAGACUACGAGGCCACCACCUUCUCCAUUUUCUAUAACAACACUCUCUUCCUGGUCCUCGUCAUCGUCGCCUCCUUUUUCUUGCUCAAGAACUUCAACCCCACCGUGAACUACAUUCUGUCCAUCAGUGCCUCCUCAGGACUCAUUGCUCUGCUGUCCACCGGCUCCAAGUAAAGGAGGAAGAAAAGAUAGAGGGAGUGGGUCAAAGAUUGGUGUAUGCUAAAAUGUUUUUCACUUGAGUGAGGGAAGGGGUUUAAGGGGGGGAUUGAAUUACAUUUUAGCUUCAUGAAAUUCAUGAAUCAAAUGUCUGGAGGGUGUUUCUCCAGGUCUGUCUUCUGUUUUUUCUAUCAAAUAAAAGCAACCAGGUAUCCUUGUU